GGAACUCUUCGUGGCCCUCCGGAUGCCCAGAAUGGCGAGAGGCGUCAAGUGAAAUUGUGCUGGACAAGUGCAGCCAUCCCAAAACUGACGUGAACUCACGGAAAACUUGUUUUUACGUGCUGAGAAAGACAGUUUUGUGGGCGAGACUGCGAUUAUUUCGCCUGCUUUUCCUCGCCCUCCGAGUUUCGCCCCUGCAUUUCCGAGUGAUUUGCCUGCUCGUCUGUGUGCUAUGUGAAGUGGAAAAUCCGGCAGUGGGGCAGCUUUUCCAGUGAAGUUUUGGGGUUCUGUUAGUGUUUUCGAGCCACACCAUCAGCCAUGAUUCGCCUGUUCCAGCACUAAUCAUCCGGAAUUCACGAUCUUUGCUGACUGACUGACUGCAGAGGACCUGAAAAUGGAUCACGCGGUUAAGGCGGCCCGCGGGCGGCCGUGGAACAAGCUGCGCUUCGAGAAUGACGAACUCGAAUGCCUCUACCAGCGAUACACUCUCAAAUUGCAGAGAUUCUCUGUGAUGGGGGUGGUGGCCCUUGUGGUGAUGCUGUGCGGUGUGAUGGCAGCUCUGAGUCUGGGGUACACUCAAACGCCAACCGUUCAUAAUGUUUUCAACUCGCUGCUAUGCUUGGUGUUCUCUAUUGUGCUAGCAUUACUGCAAUUUCGCAUUAUUCGCGACUCACAUCUUCCAUAUCUCUGCUACUCUCUCCUGUUCUUCACGGCGGCGUUCUGCUUUAUCUCCAUGCCAACAGUGGGAAACAUUUUUCCAGUGGACACAAAAGAGGUAAUGGCAGAGGGCGUGUGGCAAAUAGUGUUUGUCACCUUCUUGGCGUACGCUAUGAUGCCCCUGCAGAUUUGGGAAGCGGUGAUAUUUGGCAUUAUCCUGCCGACAAUCCAUGUCGGUUUGACGGGCUAUAAAAUCUACACGGGCACAUUCCAAUAUAUGGAAUACAAUCACCUGGCGGCCAAUAUUGUCAUGUUUAUUGGCGUGAAUGUGACGGGCCUGGUGGUGAAUGUGAUGAUGGAGAGAGCCCAGAGGAGGGCAUUUCUCGACACGCGCAACUGCAUUGCUGCCCGCCUCGAGAUGGAGGAUGAGAAUGAAAAGCUGGAGCGCCUGUUGCUGUCUGUGCUGCCACAGCACGUGGCGAUGGAGAUGAAGAAUGACAUACUGUCGCCGGUGGAGGGACAAUUCCACAAGAUCUACAUACAGAAGCACGAGAAUGUGAGCAUCCUGUUUGCCGAUAUCGUGGGCUUCACUGUGCUGGCGUCUCAGUGCAGCGCACAGGAGCUAGUGAGGCUGCUGAAUGAGCUAUUUGGGCGCUUUGAUCAGCUGGCCAAUGACAACCACUGUCUGAGGAUUAAGAUACUCGGUGAUUGCUACUACUGCGUGUCUGGAUUGCCCGAGCCAAGGACGGAUCAUGCGAGGUGCGCCGUGGAGAUGGGACUGGACAUGAUUGAUGCCAUUGCGUCGGUCGUGGAGGCGACAGAUGUGAUUCUCAACAUGCGUGUUGGAAUACACUCUGGCCGGGUGCUUUGCGGCGUUCUGGGUUUGCGGAAGUGGCAAUUCGAUGUGUGGUCCAAUGAUGUCACCCUGGCCAAUCACAUGGAAUCCGGUGGGGAGCCCGGACGCGUUCAUGUCACACGAGAGACACUGGAUGCGCUCGGUGGUGAAUACGAAGUGGAAGCGGGUCAUGGAGGCACACGAGACUCGUAUUUGCGUGACAACGCCGUCGAUACGUACUUUAUUGUGCCGCCACCGCAUCGUCGGAAGCCGCUGAUGCUGAAUACGCUGGGCGUCCGAUCGGCUCUUGGUGCAGCGAAUCGACGAAAGUUGUCCUUCCGCAACGUAUCAAAUGUUGUCGUCCAAUUGCUUCACACCAUCAAGUAUUCAGUUCCUGUUCCAUUCUCACACAUGGCCACGGGCGCCUAUCCGGCCACCAGCGCCAAUUCCACGGGAAAUUUCAAUGACAAGGGAUCACGAAAGGUGUUACAGUUGCAGAGAGCGCUUCAUGCGCCCUUGGAUUCAGAGGGAUCUGACCAGCUGAAUGAUUUGUUGAAAAAAAAUAAAGUUACCGAGAAGUUUAAACGGCCCUUUAAAAAGCGCCACUCAAGUGUUUAUCACCAGCCAACAAAUCGUGUAAACAAAUAUUUAUCACAGGCCAUUGAGGCACGCAGCGUGGAUCGAGACAAGUCGGUUCAUGUGAAACGAAUCACCUUGCAAUUUCGCGACAAGGACAAAGAGCGCCAAUAUCGGCAGGAUCUCGACUUGGGGUUCACCACAGCGAUGGGCUGUAGUAUUUUGCUAUUGAUUCUCAGCGCAGCACUUCAGGUGUCAGCCCUUCCACGAACUCUCAUCCUGCUGCUGCUCUUUCUCACCGCCUUCAUCUGGAUUAGUGCCAUUCUCAUGCUCCUGCUGGCCGUCAGACUGAAGUGGAUUUACUGGGAUUUGUCACAGAGUUUCGCUCUUCGAUUGGCAAUCACCGUCUUCACCAUCAUCCUCCUGUACUCCGUGGGUCAAGUCAAUGUGUUCACCUGCGUCGAUGAAACGCCGUGCCAGCCGAACGUGACAACGGCACGACCACAUCACGCUUUCAUGUCGGAUGGUGGAUCAAUGGAGCUGGACAAAGUCAUCCACAGUCACAGGAAGUGUGUGCUGCCGCAGUACAUUUCGCUGUCGGCGGCAUUUGCUUUCCUCUCUGUGUCUGUCUUUCUGCGAUUGCCCAUCCUGAUAAAGAGCACCGUGGUGAUUCUCAUGACAAUUGUCUACGCUCUGUUCAUCGAAGUCUCGCAUCCGCACGUUUUCGAAUGCUACGAUGAUCGCUUGUUGACUGGCAUUCCGCUACACACUAUUUCACUGGCGCGAAUAGUCAUCUUCAUGGUGACGAUACUGGCUCACGGCAGGCAGGUGGAGUGGACGGCCAGGCUGGACUUUAUCUGGCAGCUGCAGGCGUCGCAGGAGAAAAAGGAGAUGGCAGUGCUGCAGCAGUCCAACAAGAGAAUCCUCUACAACUUGCUGCCGGCUCAUGUGGCGUCUCACUUCCUGGACAAUCAGUUCAGGAACAACAUGUCCACCAUGGGUCAAGAGCUGUACCACCAGAGCUACGCCAAGGUUGGCGUGAUAUUCUGCAGCGUGCCCAAUUUCCAUGAGUUCUACACUGAGCUGGAUGGUUCGAAUCAGGGUGUGGAGUGCUUGCGGUUGCUGAAUGAGAUCAUAGCGGACUUCGAUGAGUUGCUGUGCCAGGAACGCUUCCAUGCCAUCGACAAGAUCAAGACGGUGGGCAGCACUUACAUGGCAGCUGUUGGCUUGAUUCCCGACUACAAGAUGGUCUCCACGGAUCCCAAUUCCACGAGGCGUCACAUGACUGCUCUGCUGGAGUUCGUCAAGGCGAUGCGAGUGACACUCCAGAAUAUCAAUGAGAACUCCUAUAACAACUUCAUGCUGCGCGUGGGAGUGAAUGUGGGACCUGUGGUGGCGGGUGUGAUUGGCGCCAGGAAGCCGCAGUACGACAUUUGGGGCAACACGGUGAAUGUGUCGAGUCGGAUGGACUCGACGGGCAUACCAGGGUUUACACAGGUGACACAGGAGGUUGUCGACAGUCUACAGGGAUCACAUUUUGAGUUUAAGUGCCGUGGACAGAUCAAGGUAAAGGGGAAGGGUGACAUGAUCACGUACUUCCUGUGCGAGCAAUCUCACACGAAUAUGCUGAAUGGUGAGCGGGAGUUCCGGAGCACAAUGCCCGGCGCCCGAUCGAAUGUGCAUCAGCAGCAGGUGAACGGAAUGAGUCAAGGGAGUCACUCGAAUGCAGGGAAUCACCACGAAUACUAUCAGAAGCGGUCGGACUUGAAUGUGGAGAAGAACUACCAUCCGAAUGUGAUAAGUGAGAAUUAUGUGAAGAAGGAGGCGUAUAAUUUUGUAGAGAGUCCAAAUUUGCUACAGCAUUCGGAGUACAAGCAGAAUUUCAAUAUGCACAACUAUGAGAAGCCACGCGAACAGCCAUAUCAUCACAAUUUCAACAUCACAGAGAAUCCGAACAUUAACAAUUACGAGUAUACAAAUUGCGCCCGGGAGAACUUCACCAUUCGCGAUGGAUUCAACAAUCAGAUUGGCAAGGAGAACUUCAACAAUCAUCACCACGGGUAUCAUCAGGUGGGACAGUAUCAGAAUGGCAUGAGGAAGGAUCAUCUGAAUGUGAAGAAUCACCUCAACAACAUGAACUACUCUUCGUCGCGUGAGAGUGAUUUGUUGCUGCAACAGGCGCCGGUGGCGAAAGUGGUUCCGAGGCAGCAUCAGGUGCACAGCACGCCAAAGUAUGAGCCACCGCGGUACGCUAGUCCGGCAAAUCUCAUCAAUCACCACCAUCACAUCCAGCAGAUGCCGCCGCCGCAGCCUCACGUGGCUUCGCUGGGCUACAUGAAACCCCUGCCCAAGUCACCGCCCGAAACGGAGGACAACCGUGAGAUGUCGUCCACGGAUGACUUGAGUUCGAGGCCGCACUCGCCGAGUGUAUCGUCCUCGGAUGAGAGCUACUCCAAGACGACGGAGAAUGAGGGAGAGGAGGAGAACUCACCGCACCAGGCGCAAUUCGCCAAGGCCCUGAACCCUCUGCAGUGGCUCUAUCCCUGUGAUAUUCAGGCUGAUCCCACGAGCAGCCCCAAACUCAGUCCCAUCGACUUGAGCCAGCUCAAGGACUUCGAGGUGAGCUCCACCACGGAGAGUCAGGCGGCGUCCACGGCGCACAACAAGGGGGAGUCGUGCAACUCGUUUGAGUAUCACGUGGACACAUGGGGGAAGAACAAGAGCCCCUUCGAGCGUGAGAUUCAGCGGCUGCUGCAGGAGUCGUCGGCGAAGGCGAACAAUUUGAACAAUGGGCGAAACGUGAUGCCCAUAAAUUACUCGAGCAGUCGCCAAAAUCACCAGCAAUCCGACAAGUCCAAGUACGAACUCGAGGGAGUCGAUCCCAAGUCUAAUCACAGCUUAUUGUUCAGCAAGCAUCCAGUCGGACUGGAGGCCAUCAAGGAGAUUACCCGGAACAAGAAUCCGUCGGAAUCGAGCCAAAUGCAAACAUCCGACACGGAAUCGUGUGAGAUUUUGCACGACAACCCUCGCCAAAGCAAAGCUGCGAUGAGUGCGGCCGAGAAGGAAAAGAUGAAUGGGUCAGAGGAGAAUCUGGACGAUGAUGGGGAGAUGAUCUAUCACGACGACGAGAACUAUGGUGCAGCGAAUCAUCAGUCAAUGGACUCUAAUCACUGUGAAAUGGAGAGUCAAUCUGAGUGGAGCGACGAGGAGUGUCGAGAGGAAGCUACAGGUGGAGCAGAGAGUGCUGGAUACAUCACAGAUGAGCCGGGAUUGGAGAACGUGUCCCUGCUCAACGAGGCUGGACUCACGGACGCCGAGGGCGCUCUGUCGGACGUGAACUCACUGUACAACGCUCCUGAUGUGGAUGACACAUCCAUCUCCAGUCGCGCCAGCUCUCGACUCUUGAGUCUGGACUCACUCAGUGGGCUGUACGACUGUGAGCUGGAUGCCAAGCACGAAAUGGCCAUUGUGAGUGCAUCACACAAGAUUACAAGUAAGUUUGGACCGCAGGUUUGAAUGUCACAUCGCGCAAUAUAUGGUGAGUUGGACUCCUUUUGAGUCCCGAUCCUGAAAUUGAAAAUCACAAUCUCGUAAAAAAAAUGACUAAUGAAAUUUAUAACUUAUUCUAGUGUCUAAACAAAGUAAUGAAACGUGACAAGUAUUUAUGAAAGAGAAAGAGUUUGUAGAAUCGUGUAUUGCUAUUUUUUUUCUUUACAUUUACAAAUUAUACACCCUUUUUUAUUCUUGCGAGGAGUUCCUCUGAAGUGUAUCUUUAUUUUUUCGAUUAGUUCUGACUGAUAAGCGAGUAAAUGCGUCUAAUUGUAGCUCAGCAGGAGUGAAAAUUAUAUCGGUAGCAUGAGAGAAUCUAUUAUUAGAGUGGUAAUACCAGUAUAAGAAGCAAGCAGAAUUGUUAAUAUGGCUAAAUUAAUAAAUUGAGAGUAAUAGUGCGGUUCUGUUUAUAUUAUAUUCUCUGUUCGCUUUAAAAGCGACUUAAGUAGCAUGUAAUGGAGGAAUAUUUAUAAACAUUUGCUGGUUUUUGCAUAGCGAGUGAGAAAUGAAAGGGAAACCAAGCGAUGGCAUUAGGAGUAGAAUUGGCGAAAGGUAGUGUUUUUUUUAAUCUUCAAUUUAGUGCUAACUUCUUUUAAUCUGGUGCUAUUUUUUACACCUCUUUUUACUUUGUUUUUUACACCCUAGAAAGAUAGGGGCGUGCAAUUUCUCCCCCUUCCUAUUAUGGAAUGCGGAGGGAUAAAUUGAAAGCGUGACGGGCUGAUGAAAAGGGGAGAAGAAUUGAGUGGAAAGCAAGUUGAAAUACGACACACAAGAGUAUUUUCUUACUCAAGCAACAAAAAGCUCUGAAUACUUGUUAUAAAUCUCAAAAUGUCGACAUUCUGUGUGGCGGGAUAUGAAAAUAUAUACUGAAAAAGAGAUAUUUUAUAUGGUAAAUAUUGAAUUUUGAAAAUGUGACACUCCGCUAAGGAGAACCUUUUUCAGUGUUCUGUACAUAAAAGAUGAAAAUUCCGACCGCAGGACGGAAUGAUGCUCAACAGGAGGAAUACACUCACGUAGAAGUAUAUCAAUUGUAGAGUCUAUUGAGAAUUCAAUUCCCUCAAGGUGAGACAGUGUGUCCUGUUCCGCGUGUCCUUCUUACAAAUUCAGCAUUUCACCGGAUGCGCGGUACAGGACAAACUGUAGCGCGAAUUUUUGUGCUCUUCCCUUUUUUCCUUUGCUGUUGUGCAGAAAGAGAGAGAGAGAGAGAGAGAGGAAAUCAAUGUACUCGAGGCAUUAUGUGAAAACCACUGGAAAAUUGCUUUAAACUCGAAUUUUAGCCCCUUUGUAUGGGACUCAGAGCACCAUUAUUUAGCUUUUCUUCGCUGACAAAAUAUUAUAUGAACUAUCCUGUAAGAUGGCUAAAUCUUCCAUUUGCACCAAUGUUAGAAACUGUAUUAAUUUUAAUCUCAUUUGAUAUACAAGUGAAGUACCGAAGUAGAGUAAUUUGUACUUAUUUUUUUGUGUAUUUGAGAGAAUAAUUUAAAUUGGACAAAGAAGCGAUGAACGAGAGAAUGGUAUAAAAUAAGUGCAUCUAUAAUCAUUUUUUGUCAAUUGUUACCUCAUGAAGAAAUAUACAGAAAUACAUUAACACAUCCAAGA